AGGAAUGACGCAUUGGUUGUGUACCCUGAGCUGUAAUUCUUUGCAAAGUGGGAAGGGAGAAUUGAAUUGUUUAAUUGAAUGUGUUUUUAUUCAAUAACAAAAAUAACAACAGAAGCGUAGUUGCUGUAGAUACAAAAACAACCCUUCCACCACUCGUCGUGCACACAUCGAGAUGUCAUUUCUUGUUGACUCCGUAAUUAUGUUCACCUCCCAGGUGCUGUUUUUUGGUUUUGGGUGGCUGUUCUUUAUGCGGCGGUUAUUCAAAGAUUAUGAGGUUCGACAGUAUGUUGUGCAAGUUGUCUUCUCUGUGACCUUUGCAUUCUCCUGUACCAUGUUUGAACUUAUUAUAUUUGAGAUACUGGGAGUUUUAAGCAGCAGUUCUAGGUAUUUCCACUGGAAAGUGAACCUGUAUGUCAUUCUGCUUGUCCUCAUCUUUGUAGUGCCUUUCUACAUUGGAUACUUUGUGGUCAGCAACAUCCGAUUGCUACAGAGACAAAAGCUGCUGUUUGCUUGUGUGGUCUGGUUUACCUUCAUGUAUUUCUUCUGGAAGCUUGGAGAUCCAUUUCCCAUUCUUAGUCCAAAGCACGGAAUCCUGUCUAUUGAACAGCUGAUCAGCCGUGUUGGAGUUAUCGGGGUGACACUAAUGGCUCUGCUCUCUGGUUUUGGUGCAGUGAAUUGCCCUUAUACCUAUAUGUCGUAUUUUUUAAGGAACGUAACAGACAGUGACAUACUUGCGCUGGAGAGGAGGCUGCUUCAGACAAUGGACAUGAUUGUCAGCAAAAAGAAGAGGAUCGCAAUGACAAGAAGAAUGAUGUACCAGCGUGGUGACGACCAAAACAAGCAGACAGGUUUCUGGGGGAUGAUAAAGAGCGUCACGUCUUCACCCCCUGGCAGUGAGAACCUCUCACUUAUUCAGCAGGAGGUGGAUGCUCUGGAGGAGCUGAGUCGACAGCUUUUCUUAGAAACAGUGGACCUCCAUGCGACCAAGGAAAGAAUAGAAUAUUCCAAAACAUUUCAAGGAAAAUACUUCAACUUUCUUGGUUACUUCUUCUCCAUCUACUGCGUCUGGAAGAUCUUUAUGGCCACUAUUAACAUUGUGUUUGAUCGAGUUGGAAAGACAGACCCAGUAACUCGUGGAAUAGAGAUCACUGUCAACUACCUAGGCAUACAGUUUGAUGUAACGUUCUGGUCCCAACAUAUCUCUUUUAUUCUAGUUGGAAUCAUUAUUGUUACAUCAAUUAGAGGUUUGUUAAUAACACUCACUAAGUUCUUCUAUGCCAUCUCAAGCAGCAAAUCCUCUAAUGUCAUUGUGCUUGUUCUUGCACAAAUUAUGGGGAUGUAUUUUGUUUCUUCUGUUCUGCUGAUGAGAAUGAGCAUGCCUCUGCAGUAUAGGACUAUCGUUACGGAGGUGCUUGGGGAGCUGCAGUUCAAUUUCUAUCACCGCUGGUUUGAUGUCAUAUUCCUGGUCAGCGCACUCUCCAGUAUCUUAUUCCUCUACCUAGCACAUAAGCAAGCACCUGAGAAGCACAUGACUUUGUGAUCCCCUGGGGAUAUUUGUGACAAAGACAGCAUGCAGAGACCGUGGCUUACUAUAUAGUUUCAUAUUAGUAUAUACCAAGCAAGAGUUGUGUCUCGACAAACAUGCCUCUUCAAGUUGUUUAAGAAUGAAUGACCUGUUCCUGAAUCAGGAAUUAUUUUAUUUUAUCAUUUUUUUGGACUUGUAUUUAAAUCUAUAUUUGUCAAUACACUGGAGAUUUUGAAAGAAUGUAUCUCCAUAUUGUCAAAGGGAGUGAAUCAUAAUUGGCUGAAUAGUAUUUUAUGUUUCAGUGUAAUUAGCAGAUAAUGGAUCAGAGAAACCUGAACGAUACAUGUGGCCUCUUUUUAAAUGAAUACCAGAAGGUUAUUGAUUGACACAAAUCAAAAUGCAUACAGUGCUUUUUUGCAACCUGUCAGUAUGUUUUGUUUGUUUGUUCUUUACUUUUAUUUACCAGUAUUUUAAAGUGAUUUUGCAUAGAUUGGCAUUAAAGACAUUAAUGGUAUCUAC